AUGGCGGCCGAAACAGAAACCGUGCAGAUUGUGAUCGACUCGCUUCUCGCUGCCGGCGUAAAAUACGUCUUCGGCGUGCCGGGCGCCAAGAUCGACUCCGUCUUCAAUGCGCUUAUCGACCACCCCGAGAUCAAGCUCGUGGUCUGCCGCCACGAACAGAAUGCCGCCUUCAUUGCCGCCGCUAUCGGGAGGCUCACCGACCGGCCUGGCGUGUGCAUCGCUACGUCGGGUCCGGGCACAAGCAAUCUCGUCACUGGUCUCAUCACAGCUACGGACGAGGGCGCGCCAAUGGUCGCCAUCGUGGGAACCGUCAAGCGCUCCCAGGCAUCAAAGCGGACCCACCAGAGCUUGCGUGCCACAGAACUGCUGGCGCCCGUCACCAAGAAGGUGCUCGACGUCGUGAUGCCCGACCAGAUUGCCGAGAUCAUGGUAGCGGCCUUCCGGGUGGCCAAUUCCCACCACCGGGGUGCAACCGCCGUAACCCUGCCCAUCGAUGUCAUGACGGCCGGCAUCAAGUCGUCCAUUCCCGCCUUCCCACCCAGUGCAUUUGUCCCACCGGAAUACGGUUGUGCACCAAAACAGGCUCUCAGCAAAGCAGGUGACCUCAUCGCGCAGUCCAAGUUUCCCGUGCUUUUCCUCGGCGCACGCGCUGCAGACGCGCCCGUGGUCCAAGCAGUGCACGCCUUCCUGCGCAAGCACCCUAUCCGCGUCGUCGAGACAUUUCAGGCGGCCGGAGCAAUCUCGAAGGAGCUGAUUCACCUGUUCUUUGGGCGCAUUGGAAUUUUUCGCAACCAGACUGGCGACAAGCUGCUGCAACAAGCCGACCUUGUGAUCACCGUCGGUUAUGACCAGGCAGAGUAUGAUGCCAACCAGUGGAACCCCACCAACCGUUUUGAUAUCAUCCACCUUGACACCGGCCCGGCCGAUCUUGGGUUCAACUACGCCCCAAAGCUCGAGCUGGUGGGAUCGCUAACCGGAAACAUUGAUGCUCUGGCCACCAUCCUCGGCACUCGGGUUCCGUCCUCUGUCUUGGCUCGUCCGCACGAGACCGACGUCGCGAAGAAGCUCUUCGCCGAGUUUCACGCAUGGGAGACGGACGUUGACGCAGCGCCCAAGCCCAACGGCGGGCCCGUCCACCCCCUGUACUUCAUCUGCCUGCUGCAGUCCCUGAUCAACCCCGGCACGACCGUCAUCUCGGACGUCGGCAGCGUGUACAUCUGGCUGAGUCGGUUCUUCUACUCGUACGAGCCCAAAACGUUCCUCGUGUCCAACGCGCAGCAGACACUGGGCGUGGCGCUUCCGUGGGCGAUCGGCGCGUCGUUUGCCCAGACUCCCGUCCCCUGCGCGCGCAAAGUCGUCAGCAUCAGCGGCGACGGCGGCUUCCUGUUCAGCGGCCAGGAGCUCGCCACAGCUGUGAAGCAUGGCUGCAACAUCACACACUUUAUUUGGAACGAUGGUGCCUAUAACAUGGUCGAGUUCCAGGAGGUCGACAAGUACGGCCGCAGCUCGGGCGUCGAGCUCGGCGGCGUCGACUUCAAGACGUAUGCCGAGGCCUUUGGCGCAAAGGGCAUCAAAGUCACCAGCUCUACCGAGAUGGAGGCGGCCAUGAAGGAAGCCCUCGCACACAAGGGCGUCUGCGUCGUCGACAUCACCAUUGACUAUUCGCGUAACUAUGAGCUUAUGGCCAAUGUUAUUGCUGACAGCGUUUCCUGA